AUCUCAUCCAUGUGAAACUGCCACUCGUAACCGACGAAUGGUCACUCGCGUUGCGGUAACCGAUGGCCAGAGGUCUACGCAAGGUCCGGCCGCAGCUGUCGUCGGCGUACAUCUCGAAAUGGCUGCGUGUGCUAAGCAACAUGUCGGCGGGGUUUCUGAUCAUUGGCACGGGCAUCUUGGUGUCGCUCCUGCUGUACCAAGGCAUGUUUUACAGCCAGCGAAUUUCGCCCAUGACCCAAGACAGGUGGAGUCCGCUCUUCCAGUCGUGCGUUCUCAACUCGUCGGGGUUUGUGCUCGGUUCGUGUGACCCCGACGAGGUCGCUUCCACGGGGGUCAUUCCGUGGACUAGCGUGGGCGCGCAACUUGCGCGAGAUUUGCAGCGAAACGAGUCAUCCGAGGCCCCAGUGUACGUGGCAACGUGCGUCAUCGGAGGGUACAACGGCACGUCGUGGGCGAACCUCAUGUUUCUAGUGGGCGAGCACGGGUUUCCAAAGUGCAAGCCGAUGGGGAAACAGGUGAUUCUCGGCAUGGCGUCGCUCGAAACCGUCGGAACCGACGACUUUCCACUGGGGGCGUUCUUACUGAGCACGUUUGCCGACGCUCGUCCGGUCCGCCCCGUACAAAUCGCGACAGUCAACGGCGUCGUGACCGUCAUUCAGUCCACCGUCAAGACCAUCAUCGCUCCCAAUGGCUCGACUUUCGCCGCGCCUUGGGAACAGCGCAACUACGUCACCAGUGUCAACAGUCUGAACCGGCUCUUCCUCAUGCGGCUGUGGCUCGUGGCCCACUACUUGGACAUUUCAAGCCUCACAGAUACGCUGGACGGAUACAGCGUCGGCAGCCACACAGGAAUGACCGUUGCGUUUGGCUGGGAUCACUCGCACACUGUGGACCACUACAUGCUACUGCUCGCAUUCCAAGUGCUCAUUUGCUUUGUGUCUCUUGGGUUGCUCAGCAACGACGGCGUGAUCACCCUCGAGGGGCUGUCUGGCCUUCUCAAGAACAAACCCGUACUAACAUAUGACAUUUUGGCAUCGCUCGAACGCCGCAAGCUGCUGCUAGUGAGUCUCGUGUGCACGUUCUUCUUUUCGCCGCUGUACGCCGACGCCAUCCGGUACACAUAUGCAGAGACGGGGUACCACUACUGGUACCUGGCGCUGCUCAUGGUGGCCGUGAUGAUGGCGCUGUCGUGGAUGGCGCUGUUAACGUCACUCCAAUCGGUUCCCGUUCCAAAGAUAUGGCGUAACCGGCCGCUGUGCUACUCGGCGCCAGUGUUCAUCUACUGCACGAUUCUGUUUUUUGUUAUCUACGAAGGGUCGUUCGAUAGCGGGAAGGUCGAAAGUGAAGCCAUGUGGAGCCAUGCCCAGGGCACGCUGGGGCUGGUCGUCCACGGGCAAACGCGGUCGUCUGGGGCGUACACGAUGACCGGCAUGACGCCGGUGAUCUACCUCAUCAUGCCCGACUUAGUCGUGUGCAUGCUGGUCGCAUGGGGGGUGUCCAUCGCCGCGCACAAAUGGCAUGUCGGGUAUGCCAUAUUGGACACAUCGUGGACAAGCCACAACGAGUUUGUAAACCAGCUGCCCAAGCCCCAGUGGGUCACGAGUCUCAACUUGGACCACAAAAACACGAUUUCCAUCGGCUCCAAGCUGUUCUGCAAGCCCAGUUUGCUGGUUUUGUUGGGCUACUGCAUCAUCCGGGACAAAGGAGUCGACGCGACGGCCGCCACCACCAACCUCUACCACCCCGCGUCGAGCCACCACAGCAGCACCCACGACAAGGUCGAAACCGCGAGCUACGUGGUAACGACGACCAAGGAAGGGACGACUGCGAGCAGACUUGGAACCACGCUAUACGCAGCAGCCCAACCCCCACCCCACUCGUCGCCCAACAGACUCAAGACCGAGUUCAUCGUCAUAAGCAUCUACGACUUGGUCGCGGCCCUUCUGCCGUGGAUUCGAAGGCUCGUGUACUCGCCCCACCAGUUUGGCACGAUCACCACCAACAAGUUCCUCGUCACGAAAAGCCACACCCGGCUGCACCAAAAAGCCAACUACACGUACAGUCGCGGUGAUUGCUGUGGAUAACACCAACUAACGUAACGCCAACUCACCAAGCAUUCGAACAGCUAGCCUUAGCUUACAGUUAUCCUACCCUAUACUAUUGCCUUUUUCGCUGAAAUUUGGACUCGGCAGAAUCGAUUCGAGGAUAAUUUAUAGCUUAUUCGAU